CCUAGCUAGGCGUCUAUGUUCUUCACUCACCUGUACAGCCUCAGACUUCACACACACCUCAUGUGCACGAUGGUUCUUCUGCUGAUGCUGCUCGGUCUGCUGGUCUCAGAUGUCACGGGACAGCUGGACGAAUGUGGCAUUGCUCCCUUAAACGGCAAGAUCGUGGGCGGCAGCAAUGCAGCGGCGGGCGCGUGGCCCUGGCAGGCCAGUCUUCAUAAACUCAGUAGUGGCGGUACGUCGUUCCAUUUCUGUGGGGGGUCGCUGAUCAACAACCAGUGGAUCCUGACAGCUGCACACUGCUUCCCCAGCACCAGCACUGUAGGAUUGACGGUGUAUCUGGGUCGGGAGGUGCAGAGUGGCGUGAAUGACAAUGAGCUUCCGUUCUCUGUGAGUCAGGUGAUCAAUCAUGAAAGCUACAACUCGGUCACCUUCGACAACGACAUCAGCCUGCUGCAGCUCUCCUCCACCGUCACCUUCACUGACUUCAUCAGGCCUGUGUGUCUGCCCACUGUGGGCAGUGAUAUCCAAGAUGGCGUCACCUGCUGGGUCACUGGAUGGGGUGCAAUCGGAGAGUCUGAAAGCCUUCCGUUUCCGGGAAGACUGCAGGAAGUUGACGUCCCUGUCGUGUCCAACAGCAGGUGUCAGAACUCCUACCCUUCUCUGACAAGCAACAUGAUCUGUGCCGGACUGACUGAGGGUGGGAAGGACUCCUGCCAGGGAGACUCAGGCGGGCCCUUGGUUGCUAAAAACGACACCAAAUGGUUCCAGGCUGGGGUGGUUAGUUUCGGAGAGGGCUGUGCUCGACCAGACACCCCUGGCGUCUACGCUCGAGUGUCCAUAUACGAGUCCUGGAUCAAAAGUAAGAUUGGUGACAACCAGACAGGCUUCAUCCAGGCAUCCGUCACGGGCCACGCCUAUGUCCACCGCCAGCUCGCCCUGUUGCUGAUGUCAGUCGUGCACAUUCUGUCAGCCCUGCUGCUCUCCUGAGGGCCAAUGCGCCAUGACCCAUGACAUCAGAGAACUUGACGACGGUCACUUCCUACUCCCUCGCCGCACAAAUGAAGCUGAAAUAAUUAACGAGUCCUAUGCUCUGAUUAUUUUUUAAAUGAAAAUAAAUGAUUCUGAAUGUGAAGUGGACUCCUUCUUCA